CCCAUGAGGUAUUCCAUGAUGGUAGUUGAAAAGCCCGCGACAAGCUUUUGGCUUCUCAACUCCCAAAGUUUGUUACGUUCCCCAUCCCCGCCAGUCACUUGCUCGAACUAUGGGCCAUAUUCCUCAGGAGCUCAUUGACGAAGUCAUCGGCUUCGUGCGAGACGAUGUACCUACCCUAAAGACAUGCGCUCUCGUUUCUCGUGCCUUUUUCCCUUCCAGCCGCAAACAGACAUUUUCUCGAGUCAUCCUGGCUCAAAAGAACUACCCCAGCAGUACCCAUUCAUUAUCUCGAGGAAUAACGUAUACCUGCGAAAAUUUCUAUUCCCUUCUGUGCAGCGCCCCCUACAUUUCAUUCUUUGUCGUCUCACUCCGAAUGGUGCACUUCCAAGCUGAAUACGGAAGAUGUGUUCGGGGAAUCUAUCAUGAGGACGUACUGCCAUGCAUCCUUGACUCUCUGCAGAAUUUGCGACGCAUCACCGUCGGUGCCGACGACAGCAAGGUAUCAUGGCGCUUGCUACCAUCGGCCUUCAAGGAGGCUUUAUUUCGGUCGUUUUCCCUUCCCAGUCUUCAAUGUAUUGACAUUGAUCAACUGGAAGACAUUGACCGGCCAUGGAGUUUGAUGGCCCAUCUUGCUGGAUCACCAUCUUUGAAGCGGCUUUCCCUGAAUUGGAUCGAGUAUUCACGCCCUUCCCAUUCUGAUGGUCAGGCUGAUGCAGAUGUACGGGAUGCCGUCAUACGUCCACGUCUCGAAGCGUUGGAGUUAUCAGGAUAUGAUUGUCCAGUCAGCGCAAUGUAUCUGGCAGGUCCGGAUUCUCUAUUCAACACCCAUCAUCUCCGCGAGCUUUCGGUCGGCUUUACGGGGAAAGAUUUGGAGAGACAGCGUUCUUUGGUGCAAGCCAUCAUUGAUCAAGCUUCGAAUACUCUGGAACGCCUAGAAUAUCGACAACUCUUUGAAUGGGAAUCGUCACUGAGCCAAGAGCCCAUUCUCAGGACAGAACACCUCGUUCGUCUGCGAUCGCUGUACCUCAUCGUUGAUUUCGUACCGCCUCCCGCUAUGAUACCGUUGACGCGUACAUUGGAGGAGCUGAAACUGCUGGUGCUUUUACGAGACGAUCACGUACCGCCGUGUCAUGAAUGGUCAUCAUUGGAUGAACACAUUGGCCGUCGCCGCGACAUGCCAUCGCUUCGUAGCGUGCAUCUUAAGCUGCACAGUCAAUACGGACAUAAUUGUUAUAGCUUCUUGUGCACAGGUGCCAAAGGGGGUGAAUCUCUGAAGAGUUCACUUAAAGAAGUCGAAACAUCGCUGCCUAUAUUACAUGUCCGAGGUAUUUUGAGCGUGGAGGCAAUUCAAGUGCGUCGAGUAUGGAGUGGAGAGUUUAACUAGCACAAGUGAUACAUACACAGCAAUGGUGACAAACUUGAAGAUCGUAAGUCGUCCAUCCAUCAAUUGAGCGUUAGCCUGAUCCGGCUGGUCUCCCGGUUGUAUUGGAUAUCUCUGUAGUAGAAGAGAUGUCAUGAAGCGUGAUCACUAUGCAGAUAGAAAUGUGGAGGCUUGAGUAACGCGUCGAUUAUCCAGUACGACCGUCGCAUCCGACAUCAAGAGCAACCUUGAGCACUUUGUAAUUGCUGAUGGCGUCUCACGCACAGUCUUAAUAUAACCCUCAACGAAAACAUACCGAGGCCAGGCCUGUG